UGGCAGAAACCAAAGUAAUAAAAUCGGCGAGUGGGUCUAAGAGCAUUUUUAAUAGUAAAGCAUCUUUAAAAUAAAGAGCAUUAUUAAAGAAGCUCUUAUACGUGUGUUACACCCACUCGCCGAUUUUAUGACUUUGUUUCUGCCACUGCUUCUGCUAUGGAGCACCCUCAGACUGUGAAGGACUGCCUUGGCUGGGCAGCUAGGGAUCCCUCCGGACUUCUAUCCCCAUACAACUUCGCUCGCAGGACUCUCGGGAGUGAUGACGUUUCACUAACCAUAACCCACUGUGGAGUUUGUUAUGCUGAUGUUAUUUGGUCUAGAAAUAAACAUGGAGACACCAGAUAUCCUUUGGUGCCUGGGCAUGAGAUUGUUGGAAUUGUGAAAGAGGUGGGUUCAGGUGUUAGCCGCUUCAAAGUUGGUGACCAUGUUGGUGUGGGGACUUAUGUCAAUUCCUGCCGAGAUUGCGAAUAUUGCAACGAUGGCCUUGAAAUUCAUUGUGUAAAAGGCUCAGUUUACACUUUUAAUGCCAUUGAUGCUGAUGGUACCGUCACGAAAGGAGGAUAUUCUAGUUACAUUGUUGUCCAUGAGAGGUACUGCUUCAGGAUACCCAACAACUAUCCAUUGGCUUCAGCAGCACCUUUGCUUUGUGCUGGAAUUACUGUUUACACUCCAAUGAUGCGCCAUAACAUGAACCAACCUGGAAAGUCUCUAGGAGUAAUUGGUCUUGGUGGUCUUGGUCACAUGGCAGUGAAGUUCGGGAAGGCUUUUGGACUGAAAGUAACUGUUUUCAGCACAAGUGCUUCCAAGAAAGAAGAAGCCUUGAGUCUGCUUGGUGUGGACGCAUUUGUCAUCUCAUCUGAUGCAGAGCAGAUGAAGGCCAUCGGUAAAUCACUUGACUUCAUAGUCGAUACAGCGUCUGGUGAUCACCCAUUUGAUCAAUACAUGUCUCUUUUGAAGGCUACUGGUGUUUAUGUUCUUGUGGGGUUCCCGAGUGAAGUCAAAUUCAGUCCUGCAAGCCUCAAUAUUGGUGCGAAAACCUUUUCUGGCAGUGUAACCGGUGGUACGAAGGGGACCCAAGAGAUGUUGGACUUCUGUGCUGCUCAUAAAAUUUACCCACAAAUAGAAAUAGUUCCAAUUCAGUAUGCCAAUGAAGCUCUUGAGAGGUUGAUAAAGAAGGAUGUGAAGUAUCGGUUUGUGAUUGAUAUUGAGAACUCCUUGAAAUGACCCGGUGGGGCCAAGGGGAGUUAGUCAGUUGAAUGCAGCAUGUGUUAAUGAAUAAUAAUCAAACAUAUUGGAGAUCGAAUCAUAAACUUGGCAGUAAUAGCCUCUAUAUUCUGUUUGUAUCCUGCUAUGCUUUUGGAAAAUGUUAUUUUUCUAAUAA